AAAUGAUUUGUUUUCUGAUCGUUUUAGUGCAUAUAUAUUUUGAUGCUGCUCAUACUGUGAUAUGGAAGCCAGCUGCAAGCUUCGUAAAUACGAAUUCAAUAGGCACUAGCAUUUCUAGAGAUAGAAGGGUACUCUUCUCAGAAGGAAAAGAUACACACUACCAUGAACAUGUACCUGUGCUGCUGCAGGAAUCUAUGGACUUAUUGGUUACAAAUCCAAAAGGCUUAUAUUUGGACGUUACCUUAGGAUAUGGAGGACAUGCCGAGGAAAUCUUGAAGCGUACAGAACCAAAGGGGCGUCUGGUAGCAAUAGAUAGAGACCCUGAGGCGAUUUAUCACACUAAGAGAAGAUUGGAAGACUAUAUUCGUGAAUCAAGAUUCUUCCCAGUGAUUGGAAAAUUUAGUGAUUUGUUGGACUUGCUAAAGUUCCACAAGUUACCUAUGAACGAUUAUUCCGGAAUUAUAGCUGAUUUGGGCACAUCAACCCAUCAACUAGAAAAUGCAAUUAGAGGCUUUAGCUAUCUAAAUGAUGGGCCUUUAGAUAUGAGGAUGUCUAGUCCUCUCAAUGAUCCAUUUAUCAGUGAAAAGAGUGUACUUCCUCUAUCAUCAUCUAUAAAUUCAGCCUUUUACCUUAUAAAUAAGGCAGGCGAAGCUACACUUAGGAGAAUAUUCCAAGAUUUUGGUGAGGAGCCAAGAGGGCCUUCCAUAGCAAAGAAAAUAGUAGAGAGACGUCAUAACACAGUUAUAGACACUACAGCCAAAUUGAGAGAUAUUAUAACCAGUAGUUUACCAGCAGGGCACAAGGGAAAAAUAAAGAUUUUAUCACGUAUAUUCCAGGCACUUAGAAUACAAGUUAACGAUGAAUUAAACGAGUUAAGAUCGUUUCUGGAAGUUGCUCCAUCACUAUUAAAAACGAAUGGCCGUAUUGUCAUAAUUUCUUACCACUCCCUUGAAGAUCGUAUAACUAAACGCUCUUUCAUGGGUUUAAAGGAUACUCAGAUUGGGGGUAGAUCAUAUAAAAUCAUUACUAAGAAAUGUGUAACACCGACGAACGAUGAAAUUGACAAAAACGCGAGAUCGAGAUCAGCAAAGUUAAGGUGCAUUGAAAAGGUUAAAAUUAUAAAUUAG